AUGAUUUUUAAAUCUUUUCUACUAGGUAAUCCAUUAUCCUUAUGCAUGAAGAUAAUAAAUUCGGUCGUUGUGGUCGGGCUCUAUUAUGGAUUUCUGACCACAUUCUCCAUAGGGCCCUCUUAUCUCUUCCUUCUCCGAGCUCGGGUUAUGGAAGAAGGAACCGAGAAGGAGGUAUCAGCAACAACUGGUUUUAUUGCGGGACAGCUCAUGAUGUUCAUAUCGAUCUAUUAUGCGCCUCUGCAUCUAGCAUUGGGUAGACCUCAUACAAUAACUGUCCUAGUUCUACCGUAUCUUUUGUUUCAUUUCUUCAAUCAUAAAAACUUUUUUGAUUAUGGAUCUACUACCAGAAAUUCAAUGCGUAAUCUCAGCAUUCAAUGUGUAUUCCUGAAUAAUCUAAUCUUUCAAUUAUUAAACCAUUUCAUUUUACCAAGUUCCACGUUAGCCAGAUUAGUCAACAUUUCUAUGUUUCGAUGCAACAACAAGAUUUUAUUUUUAACAAGUAGUUUUGUUGGUUGGUUAAUUGGUCACAUUUUAUUCAUGAAAUGGGUUGGAUUGGUAUUAUUCUGGAUACGGCAAAAUCAUUCUAUUCGAUCUAAUAAGUAUCUUGUGUCAGAAUUGAGAAAUUCUAUGGCUCGAAUCUUUAGUAUUCUCUUAUUUAUCACCUGUGUCUACUAUUUAGGCAGAAUGCCGUCGCCUAUUGUCACUAAGAAACUGAAAGAGAAAGAAACCUCAGAAACGGAAGAAGGGGGAGAAAGAAAGGAAGAAAGCGAUGUAGAAACAACUUCCGAAAUGAAGGAGACUAAACAGGAACAAGAGGGAUCCACCGAAGAAAACCCUUCCCUUUUUUCGGAAGAAAGGGAGGAUCUGGACAAAAUAGAUGAAACGGAAGAGAUCCGAGUGAAUGGAAAGGAAAAAACAAAGGAUGAAUUUCACUUUAAAGAGGCACGCUAUCAAGAUCAAGAUAGCCCAGUUUACGAAGAUUCUGAUCUGGAGACCCAUCAAGAGAAUUGGGAAUUGGGAAGACUGAAAGAAGAGAAAAAGAAAAGAAUGAAUAUGUGGGUUGAAAAAACUUUUGUCACUUUUCUUUUCGAUUUUAAGCGAUGGAAUCGUCCAUUACGAUAUAUAAAAAAUAAGAAAUUAGAAAAUGCUUUACGCAAUGAAAUGUCACAAUUUUUUUUUUUUACAUGUACAAGUGAUGGGAAACAAAUAAUAUCCUUUACAUAUCCGCCCAGUUUAUCGACUUUUUCGGAAAUGCUAGAACAAAGAAUUUCUUUAUACAUAAUAGAAAAACUAUACGACGAAGAUCUUUAUAAUUCUUGGAUUUAUACUAAUGAAAAAAAAAAGUGCAAUUUGAACAAUGAAUUGAAAAGACGAAUCCAAAUUCUAGAAAAAAAUGAGGGAUCCUCUAGUCUGGAUAUGCUUGAAAAAAGAACCAUAUUAUGUGAUGAUGAAAAAAAAAAAAAAUGCUUGCCAAAAGCAUAUGAUCCUUUUUUCAACGGACCAUAUCGAGGAACGAGAAAAGAAUUAGAUUCAUGUGUAAUCAUGAAUACUUAUACAGAUACAGAAGAUUUAGUAGAAUUUUUUUUUCUAAAUAAGAUUCAUGAUCUACUUAUUAAUGAUUCCGUAGAACUCCAACGUCAAUCAUUUUUGAAUUCUAAAGAAGAAAAAGGAAUUGAUUCAGAAAGUCAAGCAAAAUAUUUGCAAUUUGUAUUUGAUGUAAUUACAACACAUACAAAAGAUCAAAAAACAAUGAAAAAAAAAUCUAUUGGAAUUAGAAUAGAAGAAGUCAGUAAAAAGGUUUCUCGAUGGUCAUACAAAUUAACCGAGAAAUUGGAAGAAGAGGAAGAAGAAAAUGGAGAAGAAUUGGAGGAAGACGAUUAUGAGAUUCAUUCAAGAAGAGCCAAACUUGUGAUAAUUUAUAACGAUAAUGAUCAGAAUACCAAUUCUAUUUCUAGUAUUCAGAAUACUAGUAACAAUGAUAAAAACGAUGAUCCAAUGGAAGAGGGAGAGGUGGCUUUGAUACGUUACUCACAACAAUCGGAUUUUCGUCGCAAUCUAAUCAAAGGAUCCAUGCGCGCUCAAAGACGUAAAACAGUUAUUUGGGACCUCUUUCAAGUAAAUGUACAUUCCCCACUUUUUUUGGAUCGUCUAGACAAAAUGUUUUUUUUUUCGUCUUUUGAUAUCAACGAAAUGAAGAAUCUAAUUUUUAGGAAUUGGAUGGGCAGAAAACAAGAAUCAGAAUUAAAAAUUUCCUAUUUUGAAAAUGACGAUAAAAAAGAAGAAAAGAAGAAAGAGGAAAAAAGAUAUAAAAACGAACAGAUAGAAAUAUCAGAAGCUUGGGAUGCUUUUAUAUUUACUCAAGUAAUAAGAAGUUUGAUGUUAAUAACCCAAUCUUUUCUUAGAAAAUACAUUCUAUUGCCUUCAUUAAUAAUAGCCAAAAACCUUUUCCGUAUGUUAUUAUUCCAAAUUCCCGAGUGGGACGAGGAUUUUAAGGAAUGGAAUAGAGAAAUCCAUAUUAAAUGCACCUAUAAUGGUGUUCAAUUAUCAGAAACAGAAUUUCCCCAAGAUUGGUUAAUAGAUGGUAUUCAGAUAAAGAUUCUAUAUCCUUUCUGUCUAAAACCUUGGAGAAAAUCUAAGGCACAAUCUCAUCAUAGAGAUCUAAUGAAAAAAAAAGAGAAAAAAACAAAUUUUUGUUUUUUAACAGUCUGGGGAAUGGAAGCGGAACUUCCCUUUGGUUCUCCCCGAAAACGACCUUUUUUUUUUGAACCUAUUUAUAAAGAACUCCAAAAAAGAAAAAAAAAGGUGAAAAAUAAAUUUUCAAAAGUUUUAAAAUCUUUAAAUAAAAUAAAUAAAAAAAUAAAAUCCUUUCUAAAAAUUCUAAAAGAAAAAACAAAAGGGGUCGUUCAAAUUAUCAAACUAAUAAUGAAAAAACUGGAGAAAGUAAAUCCAAUUUUAUUAUUUAAAUUAAGUAAAGAAAAAGUAUAUGAACCAAACGAAAACAAAAAAGAUUUCAAAAGAAAUAAGAAUAUUCUUCGCGAAUCGUCCGUAAUAGAAAAAAGAAUGAAAGACCUUUCUGAUAAGACAAUCAAAAUAAGGAAUCAAAUUGAACAAAUCGCAAAAGACAAGAAAAAAAAAGAAAUAGUUCUAAUUUCUGAUAAUAAAGGAUCGGGAUCACAGAAACAUAUUUUGAAAAUAUUAAAAAGGAAAAAUAUCCGAUUAAUGCGUAAAUCACACUACUUUAUCAAAUCAUUCAUUGAAAAAAUAUACAUAGAUAUUUUGCUAUGUACCAUUACCGUUUCUAAGAUAAAUGCACAACUUUUCUUUGAAUCAACAAAAAAGAUCUUUACUAAAUCCAUUUACAACAAUGAAAUAAAUCAAGAACAAGAAGGAAUUGAUGAAACAAAUAAAAAUACAAUGAAUUUUCUUUUGACUAUAAAAAAAUUCAAAUCGUUUUCAAAUACUGAUAAUACUACGAAUAGCAAUCAAAAUUCCAAUACUUAUUGGAACUUAUCUUCCCUGUCCCAAGCAUAUGUUUUUUACAAAAUAUCACAAAACCAAUUACUUAAUAAGCAUCAAUUGAGACCUGUACUUAAAUAUCAAGGGAGCUAUCCUUUUUUUAAGGAUAAUUUAAAAGACUAUUGUAUGAUACAUGGAAUAUUUAACUCACAUAAUAAAAUUCAUACGUAUGUAAUGAACGAAUGGAAAAAUUGGUUAAAAGGUCAUUAUCAAUACGAUUUAUCUCAAAAAAAAAGGUCUCCAUUAGUACCUAAAGAAUGGCGAAAUAGAAUCAAUAAACAUCGUAUGAUUCAAAACAAGGAAUCAAACCAAUUGGAUUUAUAUAAAAAAUACCAAUUUAUUUAUUCCAUGAAAAAAGAUGACUAUGCAGCAAAUUCAUUUAUGAGUCAAAAAGACAAAUGGAAAAAACAUUACAGAUAUGAUCUUUUCUCAUAUAAAUACAUAAACCUUCCUAAUUUAUACAUUUCUGGAUCAACAUUAGAAAUAAACGGGGACCAAGAAAUUCUAUCUCAUUUCAAUAUAUCGAAACCUGAAUCAUUUUAUGUAUUGGUAAGUAUACCUAGUAAUAAUUAUCUAGAAAAAGGAUAUCUUAUUGAUAGGAAUACAAAUUUGGAUAGAAAAUAUCUUGAUUGUAGAAUUCUUCAUCUUUGUUUUCUAAAUAAUAUUGAGAUCUGGACCGAUGUACAUAUUGGUAUCAAGAUUCAGAAAGAUACUAAAAAUGAAAUUAAGAAUUUCAAAAAAAUGGAAAAAAAAGAUCUUUUUUUUCCUACAAUUCAUCAAGAGAUCAAACCAUGCAAUCAAAAAAGAAACUUUUUUGAUUGCAUGGGAAUGAAUAAAGAAAGGUUCUAUGAUACCGCAUCAAAUCAUGAUACUAUAUCCAAUCUAGAAACUUGGUUCUUCCCAGAAUUUGUGCUACUUUUUGAUGUAUAUAAAAUUAAACCUUGGAUCAUCCCAAUCAAAUCACUCUUUUUUCAUUUUUCUAUAAAUGAAAAAAGUAAAAGCAUUAACGUAAAUCCAAAGAAAUCAUCUAAUAAAAAAAAAGAUCGUGAAUUAGGAAAUUCCAAGCAGGAAGAGAAUGAACAACAGGUCCAAGGAAAUCUUGUAUGGAAUCUACGAAAAAUAAAAAAAGAAAAUCAAAAAACUGUUGAAGAAGAUUACGCAAGAUUAGAAAUGAAAAAGGUUCUAAAAAAGAAACAAUAUAAGAGCAAGAAUGAAAUGGAACUAGAUUUCUUUUUGAAAAAAUAUUUACUUUUUCAACUAAGAUGGGCUGAUCCCUUGAAGAAAGAAAUAAUGAAAAAUAUCAGGAUAUAUUGUCUCCUACUUAGACUAAGAAAUCCAAAGGAAAUUGCUAUAUCUUCGAUUCAAAGAGGUGAAAUAAAUAUAGAUGAAAUGCUGAUUCAAAAGGACCUAGUUCUUGCAGAAUUGAUAAGAAAGGGAAUAUUUAUUAUUGAACCAAUUUGUCUAUCUAUACAAAGGAAAGGAAAAUAUAUUAUAUAUCAAACUAUGGAUAUUUCAUUGGUCGAUAAGAAAAAGCAUCAAACAAAGAAAAAAUACACAAAAAAAAGAUAUAUUGAGAAAGGGGGGUUUGAAAAAUCCAUUGCACGACACAGCAACAUAUUUUUGAGUGGAGACAAAAAUCAUUAUGAUUUACUUGUUCCUGAAAAUAUUCUAUCUCCCAGACGUCGUAGAGAAUUUCGAAUUCGAAUUUGUUUCAAUUCCCGGAAUUUUCAUGUUGUGGAUAGAAAUACAAGAUUUUGCAAUGAAAACAAAAUAAGAAACUGUGGACAAUUUUUGAAUGAGAACAAACAUAUUAAUACAGAUAGAAAAGAUUUCAUGAAAUUCAAAUUGUUUCUUUGGCCCAAUUUUCGAUUAGAAGAUGUAGCUUGUAUGAAUCGCUAUUGGUUUGAUACCAAUAACAGCAGUCGUUUCAGUAUGUCAAGAAUACAUAUGUAUUCACAAUUGAGAAUGAAUUCAAUUCCAAUGAAAAAUGAAAAAAAUCUAUAG